CGUGUUUUGCUGCCGGCCGAGAUACAAUUGCCUGGUUCGCUCCUGGUGCUGGCCAGGGACUGGAAACUAUGACGUGGUUUGGCCGAAGGCGCAUCCGCCCCGAUUCGGGCCCCUCGGCUCUCAAACUAUUCCGCCUACCGGGCAUACGAGGUGAUUAAAGGACGCGGAUCAAACUCGAACAGAACCUGCCUCGGGUCGAUAAUGGGCAUGCCGCAUCUCAGUGUCAUCAGCUGCAAAGGGUUAUACAGCAGUUGCAUGAGAUCACUGGCACCAAAUACGACCUGGAGUCAUGAUGCCGCUCAGACACAUUCUCCCUCUUUUACUCCAAGUCUUGGACAUAUCGGCUGCAUGCGCAGCCAACACCACGUCAACCCUCUUUCGGAAUGGCACGAUUGUCGCAUUCAACAGAGAGACUGAAUCGCUCGAAGUGAUUCGCAACGGCGCGGUAUUGGUGACAGGCGACCGAAUUGCCAGCAUCUUCCCGAACCUCCCAACCCGCUCUGAGCUGCCGUCCGGCACUGAAGAGGUCGACAUCACGGACAAGAUUCUCACCACUGGCUUUAUCGACACCCACCGACAUGGCUGGCAGACGGCGUUCAAGACGCUUGGGAGCAACACGUCCUUGAUCGAGUACUUCCCUCGGUACAUCGGCUUCGCCGCGCAAGGUCAUGUCAGUGCCGAGGAUGUCUACAUCGGCCAACUGGCGGGCUUGUACGAGGCGCUCAAUGCUGGCGUGACGACUUCCGUGGACCAUGCGCAUCACACGUGGUCUCACGAAGCGGCCGUGGCAGGCUUGCAGGCAUCCAUCGACAGCAAUGCGCGUGUCUUUUGGUGCUAUACAAUUCAGGACAGGGAGAAUUUUAGCAUCGACGAGCAGCUGGCCGACUUGCGAGCAGUUGCUGCCACUGCUUCGUUUCGAGGGACUCCGACGAGCAUGGGAAUUGCGUAUGAUUCGUUUGGACCGAAUCCAAACCUCACCGUGGUGGAGGCGAUUGUUGGACUCAUAAGGGAAUUCAACCUCUCUGUCCUGACAACGCACUCCGUCCAAGGGCCUUAUGGUUUCGACAACUCGCCCGAGGACCUCGACUCUCUCAACAUCCUCAACCUCCCCAUCCCCAUCAUCAUCUCGCACGCCUCCUUCCUCACCGCGGCGGGGGCCACCCUCUUGCGGUCCGCCAACCAAUACAUCUCCAUCACGCCCGAGUCCGAGAUGCACUACGGCCACGGGCACCCGACGGCGCACCUGAUCCUGGACCAGGCCGCGCUGGGCGUCGACACGCACUUUACCUUUUCGACCGACAUCCUGACGCAGGCACGACUGUGGCUUCAGAGCGCGCGGCGCACGCGCUACGAACUCGUCCUUGACCUGUGGCAGACGCCCAUCAACAACCCCAUGUCGGUCAACCAGGCCUUUUUGCUGGCCACGCGCCACGGCGGGCUGGCGCUGCGGAGGGAUGACCUAGGCGUGCUCUGUGAGGGCGCCAAGGCGGAUUUGGUGAUUUGGGACGGGACGAGUCCUGGCAUGCUGGGCUGGGUUGAUCCGGUCGCGGCUGUGAUCCUGCAUGCCAAUAUCGGGGAUGUCCAGGGGGUUAUGGUGGAUGGGCGGUGGAGGAAGAGGGAUGGGAAGAUUGUGGAUAAGAGGUACGAAACGGAGGUGAAGCAGCGGUUCUUGGAAAGUGCAAGGCGGAUUCAGAGGGAUCUUAUCAACACGCCGUUGCCGGUCUUGAAUGGAGGCAUCACGCAGCGGGUGGAUACGCUCAGGGGUGAAGGGGACGGGUAUGCGGAGACGCUUUUAGAAGUUUGAGGAUUAAGCUGAGGUCGGUUCCAACGGCGAUAGCUGAUUCGGACGCUACGAAAGGAUUUCGUUUCCUAGAUCCCACUUCAGGUCAGAUACGUGGGUUACUGACACUUUGGCUGGUAGAUGUCAACACGCUGGGAGACCGCGCAGUAUCUUGGUACCUAACUCCGUCCUGUUUUCUUAUGUUAUACCGCUGUGGGUUCUGAGCC